AUGGCAUUCGAGGGUAAAAGAAACCUAUCUAGGCGCAAAAAAGGCAACACAACGAGAGGGCUAAAACGUGUUAAUAAUGACAUUAUCAUCCCCACAGUUGAGAGAAAAAGUGAUCAUGAAGAGGACUCAAAUUGGUCAAAUUCUGUAGAUGAAGAGGACUAUAUCAUCUUCUGCUUUAGAGAGGAUGGUGCUUUUGAAGUUUUGAAGAAUGACAAGCCUGAUGAAGCAACGUCUAAUCAUGCCGAUAGCAAAUCAAGAAUUAAUUCGAGACCCGUUAAUCGGAAGCUUAAUUAUGAAGGGAAGGCCAAUGAGGAGAGGUUUACCGGGAAAGCACAUGAGACCUACCUCACAAAUUAUGACGGUUGUACUCACCAAAAGGAGGCGGAAGAAGAGAACAUUCAUUUGGAAGCAGAUUCGUUUUGUGGGGACAAUUUUGAAGGGCAAUCAUCAGAUGCCAGCGCGGGCUCUUUUGCCUUUCCUGCGUUAAGGUGGGAAUGGAUUGGCAGCCCUGAGAGAAUGCCGAAUUCAGAUGGCUUUCACUCGCGAAAACACAAAGCUCGCUGCAUAGGCUUUCAGUGUUGUAGAUUCUGA